AUGACUGAAACAUUGAAUCACAUUGUCUCAAAUAAAUCUUCGUUUGAUACUGAUACGAAAACUUCACCACCUAUGUCUGUCAUAGUUCAACUAGACGAAACGAAUGAACUUCUUCCGGUGGCCAACAUUAAACAACCAUCAAGAAAAAAAACACUUGAACCGCUCAUUAUUCAUGAAAUUCAAUCAUGGUCUUCAUUUAUUGGUGCAUCAGCUGUCGAACAAGUUCCUGCUGAUAUCGAUAUAUCACAUACAUAUUCCUAUCCAUCAAAAAUUCCACAUCAUCAACGUUUACAACAAAUAAAUAAUACUCACACAUUCUUACCAAAUAAAGAACGAAAAAAUCGUUGUCGAUCAGCAUUAAUCGAUCGUAAAAAACAAUAUUAUCAUCGUCAUGAUGAACUUACAUGGCGUUCACUCUUUGGUACUAUGCCUGAUAUUAAUCAAAUACUUACAUACAAACGUUUUCUUUACGGUCAUCGUUGGCUACAAACUUUGAUUGUUUUUAUUGAUUCAUGCUUUCGUGGUGUGGGACAAGUGAUGUUCGCCAAUAAUCCUCUAUCGGGUUUUGUGAGUUUAGAAUAA